CCAAUUGUUUAUUUGCGACAGCGGUUCCAGGCGCGCACCCGUCAGUGGCGGAGACGAGAGGACAGAAGGCGGCGGAGACGCAAAUAAAACGCAAAUCAGCAAUUCCUGCGAAAAGCGGCGACAGAAAAGCAGCCGACAUGUCCGAGGAGAAGCCAAAGGAGGGAGUAAAGACCGAGAACGAUCACAUCAACCUCAAGGUUGCAGGACAGGACGGGUCGGUGGUCCAGUUCAAAAUCAAAAGACACACACCCCUCAGCAAACUAAUGAAGGCGUACUGUGAACGACAGGGUCUCUCAAUAAGGCAGAUCAGGUUCAGGUUUGAUGGGCAGCCUAUAAAUGAGACGGACACACCUGCACAGCUGGAGAUGGAAGAUGAAGACACCAUAGAUGUUUUCCAGCAGCAGACAGGAGGCCACUGCUAAGUCCCUCCCAUCUCAUUGACGGCCACCCCCAGACCACGCCCCCUCAGCCACCUUCACUGUCCCUUCCCUCCUCAUCGCUCCUCUCAGCCUAUUAUUAUAUUAUUAUAUUAUUCUAAUUAUUAUUAUUAUUUCUUCAGUUUCAAGAUGUCUGUCAUGGUUUUUUGUCAGGUGUGUGUGUUUGGGGGGGCCACUCAGCUGUUUAUAUACUGUCUAAGCCAGGACUGAACUUUUUGUGCGCGUCAACAGUCGCUCUGCUGGCCAAUCAGGACAACACUUUCCGUCUGGUGCCGCAGGCUGUGAUGGGACCCGCAGUGUGCCACAGCUGUGCCUGGCUUUGUCAGUGCUUCUCAUUCACUCUCCAGUGAAAACGUAGUAUCCAGUAGUUUGUCGCGGUUUUCAUCCAGCAGGGGUCAAACGCGGGGCUCUGCAGGUUCUGUCCCGGGGUCACAGUCAGUGGGCAUGAAAAAACGUUUUUGAAGUGGAGGCACUGUCUGAACUUAAUACACACCCGCCUUCCAUUUCACUUCGCUCUCUUGUGUUUUUUGUCUGAAUGGUGGUGACCCCUGUCAAAAUGUAUUUUAAUUCUCUUUGCCUUUUAGGUGCUUUUGCUAAAGACUUCUGCAAUGUUUUUCUAUUUUUGAUUUUUCUUUUAAGAAUUAACCAGGGGGCUUCUUGAUGAUCAUUUUUUCUUUCUUUUCCUGUACAUAAGUAUCAGAGCGGAUGUUAGAUAAAUGUUGUGGGGCUUGGACCAAUACUCCAAAGAACGAACUUCUGUUUCAUAUUUGCUGUACUUGGAUCACCUAUAAAAGCAAACUGCAAGGUUAAAAACUGUCAGAUUUUAAGGGAGUUUGUAUUUCAUUAAUGUCAUUCGCUUUUUCUUGGACUGCUAAUAAUUUAGAACGUUUCUUUGGGCUUAUCCGCGGUACAGACUUAUUAUUCAGUCAUGCUUUUAGGGCCAGCUGUCUCAUCUCUGUAUUGUCCUUGCGAAUGUAGGCUGAUGGGACAACUGAUUCUACAUGUGCUUUGAAGAGGAUCGGCCUCCCCUUUGAGCAAAGAUAUUCCAACAAAAGUCAGUAUGUUAGCUGUCAUGCAAUGCUGAAGAACCUUUUAUCUGCUUUGUCAACUGUUUAGACGAUGUUUUGCUGGUGUGCACAAGACGGACGUUGCAGGCCAAUUUUAUAACUGCAGUUUCUGAAAACAGUCGAGAUGUCUCACGUGGUGAUGAAUGUCUACGGUAUUUUGCAGUUAGGAGAAGGAUGCAUGCUGUUUUUCUGCAUAUCGGGAGGGCAUGGAGGUCAACCAGUGGCGUUUGGGAGAUAAGUGUUCUGUACCCUUGGUGCCCAGUUCUUUGUACAUGGAUAAAUACGUUGGUUUAAUUUGAUUGUUGAUGGUCUGACAUGAGCUUGGAUUUCUCCGUUCGUAUGAAAACAGUCAGUCAUUCAACUUAAAACCUGCAAAAAGUACAAGCUUCUUCAGAGGGAGUUGGAUCAUUACAACCCUUUUCAGUUAAUCGUUUUUUUUCCAUUGUUCUUUUUUGGUCAGAUAAGCCCACAGGUGAUCAGUAUUGUACAACUUAAUAGGGUUAAAGUUCCAGUUUCAGAACUUUGGCAAUCUACAGGGAGGAAAGAAAUAUAAUAUUUAUAAAUAUUAUGUUUACAAUAGUGUGUAAUCAAAAUAAAUUACAAAUAGUUUCUUUACCUUUUUAGAAUAAGCCAUCUAUUUCUACAUCAGGAGCCGGUCCUUUUCCAUGGACUCCGCCAUGUUGCUUGUACGGUAGCCCAGAAUGGACAAAACCAAACACUGGCUCAAGAGAGAACCUUUCAUGUUCAUGUGUUACUUAAAGACCCCCCUUCGCUUUGCUUGGAAAUGGAGGGAUAUUCACUUGGUUUGAGACCUACAUACUAAAAAACGCUACAAAAUAAAACCAGUGCAGUCUUGGAAUAAAUGUGGUUUGGUGCGGUAUGAUCCAGAGCGAAGGACCAUUUUAAGUUUAGUAUGUCGUGAACCAUUGCAGAGAUGAAUUAUACUCUUCUAUUGAAGCAGCGGUUUUUGAGGAGGUGUAACUGGCCCUGUGGAUUCCACUUGUUCUAAAAUGUAGUUUAUUGUACUUCAGCAACACUAGAAAGGUGCAGUUAUUUUAGAAAAGUAAUUAAACUGUAGUCUACAUGUUUUACACCUGUUUUUGAGCUGAUGUAUGAAAACGUGUUCAGGUUUCACCCUAUCGCUAUCUGCUGUUCCACCGCUGUCCCCUCAUUUGUUAACAUUGCGUGGUGCAGAGGCUUGGUGGUUACUCCUGCAGACGCCCCUCUGCACGAGCCAAUCACAAGUAACGAUCAUGGCUUUCAGCUUCCCCCUCUCACAAAAUAAGAGCACAGUUAUCAAGACAAACUAAUCAGCCUUCCACUUGCAUCUGAAGAACCAAGUUAGCUGGACAAAGAAAAGCGUCUUUUCGAGCCGGCCAACAUGAGAGCUAAACUUCAAUGUACAAAGAACGGGGUCCAGGUUGUUGUCAUGUUAUUUGUUUCUCUACUGAUUUGUACAUUAUUUGUGGUCUUUUACUACUGUAUACAAUAAAUAUAGUUUGGUACUCAGA